AUGGUCGGGCACAUUGAGGAGGACAUCAUUGAAAAGGAUUUCAUAAUUGUAAGAACUCUAGGCUUUGGCUCAUUUGGGGAGGUGAAGCUUGCUUGCCACCUUCCCACAAAUACACAUGUUGCUGUCAAGGUGCUUGAGAAAAAUCACAAUUCUGUGUCUAACAUUAAAUCUGAAGUACAGAUCCUUCAAUCUUUGGAGCACAGAAACAUUGUUCGAUUUUUUCACAUCAUAGACACACUAAAAAUGACUUAUGUGGUCAUGGAGUAUGUUCCAGGAAAGGAUUUGCAUAUGCUCCUCAAGAACGUAGGGUAUCUAAAGGAGAAGGACGCCAGACCAAUAUUUCAACAGAUUGUGGCAGCAGUGCAAUUUCUCCACAAGAGGCUGAUUACACAUCGUGACAUUAAGUUGGAGAAUAUCCUCAUUGACAGAGGUGGAAACAUCAAGCUUUGUGACUUUGGAAUGGCGAUCCAGCUCAAAGAGGGGCAGAUGUUGAAGAAGUUCUGUGGAUCCUUGCUCUAUAUGGCUCCAGAGAUCUUAGCAAGGAAACCCUUUGAUGGCCUAGCUGGUGACAUGUGGAGCUUGGGAAUUGUCCUAUAUGUACUGGUCACAGGACAAUAUCCAUAUUUUGAAACAACAGCUCCUGCUUUGUACAGGCUCAUCACCAACACAAAGUUUGCUAUUCCCUUCCACCUGUCAAAACCCUGUUAUAUCAUCCUUGCACAAUUACUCAAGGUGGAGACCCAGCACAGGAUAACAAUAUGUCAACUCCUGGAAAGAAAAUGGCUUGGCAAAAUUGAACAGCACAUGGAAGCUUCAAGUAAAGAAAUCCUUCCCAGGGUCCUAGAGACUAUGAAUACUAUUGGCUAUACUCAUGAAGAGAUUGUGUCAUCCCUAAUUCUCAGACAACCAAAUAAUAAAAUCACAGCAACUUUCAAAAUUCUGAAGCACAAAUUGAGCUGUGAGGAGAGUCAUCAUCAAAAUGAGAAGCCUUGGUUCAUCCACAGACCUGUUCAUGCUCUUCCACCACUUCUUCCCUUGAAGAGGAGAGCCAGUGAACCAGCCUUUCCAACAUUUCAGAAGGUGGGAACGGUCACUCUCAAGGAAGAGAAAAGAGAUGCUGAAGCAAUAUCAUGGCAAUAA